CAUGCAAUCCCCUUCACCACGACUACGUCACUACAGGACGAUGACCGCAAUUUGCUUCGUCUGCAAUCUACCAAUUCUAUCCCACCAAGUUGGCUUAGUGUGGGCUGGAGGAAACGGAUGGGACGAGCUUACACGGUCAACAUUAGAAGAAACCACACUUCGACAAAGACUUGGCAAUCGAAGAGAUUCCUCUGCACAAGUAUGUUGUGUUUCACCUCCAGAACCAGAUGUUGCAGAUCAACCUCGAGGUGGUCCCAGACGCCGCCGUUCUUCGUUGGCCCAAUUAACAGAUAUUCUACGAGAAUGGGGGGGAGGUGGAAGUAAUGCACCAAGACGUCAACGCGCUCCUUUAUCGAGACGCGAAACUUUAGCAGACCUGGCCCGAUCGCUACCAUGGGCCCGCCAUGAACCACCACCACGUCGGCGACGUGAUUCUUCAGCAGAUUCUGGUAUUAAAUCAUCUGCUUCAAAAAGACGAGACUCAAAAGCAAUUAUACCACAUGAUUUUCGAUCUGAAUUUCCUACAUGUUUGGAACGUAAAGAUUCCACUACAGUUAUUGCUUCAAGAGAUCGCCGUGUUAAGAGGCGUGGCUCAAGUGAUGGCAAAGAACGCAGAGAUUCUGUUGAAGGUCAUCGACACCGAAGAGAUUCCGUAGCAGCUCCCCCGCCGCGAAUUGUUGCAACUCAUAGGAAAAGGAGAGCCUCUCCUCCUACACCGGCGCCUCCCUCAUUUGUUGAUGCUUCAUCAGAUCCCGGUCCAUCUACUCAUGUACCAGCUGUUACAGUAGUAACUGUACAUGAACCGAGCCGGUCAGAUGGAGAAUGCCCACCAAUGACUAUGCCAACAAUAAUCACUUCAGCUGUAACACCUUCACCCACGUCUCCGACAAUACCAACUUCUAAUGCUACUCAAACAACACAAGCUUCACAAGCAUGUCAAGCUAUACCAGUAACACCGAUAACUCCUAGUGGAAGAACGCCUCCAAACUUAGGUGGUCGAAGAGAUUCCACUACUCAGUGUGGUCGAGCACGAAGAGACUCACGAGCCACUGCUAGUCCAGAACGUAGAUUAGGUAGACUGCAACGACAAGCAACAGCGUUUGAUGAUCCCAUAGGACCCCCUGGAACACGACGUCGAGAUUCAGGGCCAAACUUGGACCCUGAUGAUGCCGGAAGAGCAAGGCGAGACUCUUUAAGUCCAGAUUCAGCAGCACGACCGCGUCGAGAACGAAAUCAAUUAAGCCCUGAUAGAGCAGGAGGUGGAGAACUCAGUCCAUCAGCAGCUCGUAGGCGCAGUCGCUUAAGAAGACAAGCAUCCUGUGCUCGUGUUGGUCGAGCACGAAGUCCAGAAUCGAGCUCGUGUUCCAGUCGAGACCCCAGUCCAUGUGCACGGCCACCUGAACGAACAAUGUUUAGACGACAAUCGACAACUGAGGAGAUACUAAUUGCACGUGGCUUUCGACGUCAAUCCACUACUGAAGAAAUGAUCCGGUGUAGAAAUUUCAGACGACAAAGUUCCCAAAGUGACGACGCAUGCAUGCGGGCUCGUGGUCGUCGAGACUCCUCCACACAAAUACUUGACGGCACCAUUGGAACGAUGACAGUGGAGACUACAAGCACAUUUUUCGAUUCGAGUACUCAAACAGAACCGUCCCCAUUGUACGACAACAACCAUUAUCACGAGGAAUGUCUUCGCUGCAACUCCUGUGGGUUGAACCUAACUGGGCCCAACCAAAAACGUGCUCGCCGCUUCAAGAAUCAAAUCCUGUGCGAUUUGCACUUUGCGGACGUGGCGCUGAUGGAGUGCAGCGACUUCAUGCAGCAGUUGCGCAGCUUUAAGCCCCAGUCGCUGGGCUGCGCCGUAGCACGGCGCAAGUCUUCCACCACACUUAUCUUCCCGCUGCCACCACAAGCGUGUUCAGACGAGUUUUGCGAAGAAUACCCACACAACCUCAUCCCGACGCCUGGUUACUGGAUUGAAUGCUCACGCCAGAAGAUCGCGACUGACACGAUCUGGGACGAAUCGGAAUCAGAACACGACAGUGGGCCAGAUGGAGAUGGUGGUGAGUUCCACCGUAGAAGAUCAGGAUCCCUUGACGAAGCAGCAGAGGACAGCAGCGAUAAUGGAGGGAGCACGCCAAAGAAAAAAACAGCAAUUGAGGAACAGUGGGAGAGGUCAGGUGGCUUCGAACUCACAUCAGUGGAACAAGAGACGUAUGAGAAAUACUUUUAUGGAACGGAACAUUGGAACUAUUUUACAAGUGACGAGGACCUGGGACCCGUGAUAUUGUCGAUAAAACAGGAAACUCUUAAUGCAAGAGACCAGUUUCGAAUCCUAGUCCGGGCAAUAAGCUACACUGUGCACGGGCUAAUUCCGGCUUCCUGCGUGUUUGCUGAUCGUUACAAUCGCGAAGAAGUUGUACGAUCCCUCGGCAAGGAAGUCAACAUCAACCCCCCUCUUAUGUUGGGACAGUUGCCUGAUACACCCGAGGAACUGCUCAAAUUAGACCAAGUAUUCAUCAAAUCAGAGCUAAAGGUUGGGGUGAUAUAUGUGAAAGAAAAUCAAUACACCGAGGAGGAAAUUUUGGACAAUAAUGAGAACUCUCCGUUUUUUGAGGAGUUCUUACAAGUUCUCGGCGAAAAAGUUCGUCUCAAAGGCUUCGAUAAAUACAAAGGUGGACUAGAUACAGUACAUGACUUAACCGGGUUAUAUUCUGUCUAUACGAAUUGGAGAGGAAUUGAAAUCAUGUUCCACGUGUCAACUUUAUUGCCAUACGAAAAACAUGACGCGCAGAAACUACAAAGGAAGCGUCAUAUAGGCAACGAUAUUGUAUGUGUGGUGUUUCUGGAAGCAGACAAUACAGCCUUUUCACCGGCGUGUAUAAAAAGCCAUUUCUUACACACGUUUAUAUUAGUAAGGGUGUCAGCCAAAACUAAAAGGCGGCCCACUAGAUAUGAAGUAUCGGUCGUCACCAGGGACGAGGUGGGCGCCUACAAGCCGUACUUGUGGGAACAGAGCGUGUUCGACAAAGGGCCCAUGUUCAGAGAAUGGUUACUAACUAAAAUAGUCAACGGUGAAAGGGCGUCAUACUCAGCGCCUAAGUUUGCAAGAAUGCAAGAACGCACAAGGAGUCAAAUGCUAGAAGACAUUGUUGCCAAUUUACAAAAUCACGCUGAAACUGGACAAAUACCAAAACCAUAUAGAAGAGGAUCAUGGCGCCCCAUCGGUCAUAUGAGACCAUCAUCUCCCCUCCUAGAUUCAGUAAGAGAUCAAUUUGAAGACUACGACCAAUUAGCCAAAGACUUCACGCGAGUUUUCCUUAACAAUGAACUAAACGCUGCACAAAAUGCCCAACUUUUCGACGUUGUGUUUCUAGUUGGGCAGUCGAAACAGAAAACAAAGUUUAUUGGCGUACGAGCUAUAUUAGGUGUAAGAAGCCGAGUAUUCCAAGAAAUGCUUUACGGUAUACAAACUGGAUUUGGUUCUCCACAAGUGCCCGUGGCAGAAUUGCUCGCACGACCAGCGCCUACUCUCCUGUCACCAACACCUGCUCGGCAAAAAAGUAGCAACUUUCUACAAGUGCCGGACAUCGAGUCACCGAGACCAAAAAGCGUGCCUAGUUCGCCAAUGGUAAAAAGAGCUUUUUCCCGACUGGGCACAAUAACAGCAGGUUGGGGACGAUCCAUACGAAAACAACAUUCACAACUAAAUGCCGAUGACAAAAAGAAAUGGGCUAGUUCCCAAGAUUGUUCAAAUAAGGAAAGUAAAGACAAGGAGAAAGAUAAAAAUGCCGCUCUGGCAGUGCCAAGGCUAUCAGUAUGCGCUGAUGCGCAAAAAGUUGAUCGUGCCAAACUUGCUCAGACUGAGUUCUCUAUUAUCGAAUUUGAUCCGGAAACAUUUAGAAUACUCUUGGACUACUUGCACACGGGCAGUUGUCCACUAACUUGUGCCUCCAUUCCCGGAUUGAUCUGCGCCGCUGAGCACUACGAUCUACCGGAGUUACUUCAAGCUUGCUUCCAUCAUGCAAAACAAUUUUUAAGAAUAGAAGUGGUAUGCACAAUGCUCAUAUCAUUGGAAAAUUACUACUGGCGAUAUACGUCAGCUUCGGAACUGGUAAACAUGAUUUUGGCCUUCAUUGAACAGAGAGCCUAUGCGCUCUUCCAGACUUCUGAAUUUCUAAAUCUCUCCGAAUCUAUGGUACAGAUGAUCAUGUGUAGAAAUCUUGAAGUACCUGAGGUAAGAAAAUUCGAAGCAAUGCUUAGUUGGGCCCGUAAUAAGAUCAAAGCUAAAUCUGCCAAUAAGACUGAUGCCAAAAAUGAAUUUAAAUGCAUUAUGGAUAGGCUAGCCAGGGACUUGAAACUGCAUAGAAUAUCGCCACAGGAAUUGAUUAAAGUGGUUCUACCAUCAAAGGCUAUUAAGAAUGAGCGUAUCCUCGAGACAUUGAUGCAUCAAGCGAAUUCGGGAAUGUACAGGAUACAAGAAGGUUAUAUUGAGGCUUGCCAACAACGUCUUCAAAAGCAGGACUCGAGAUUUUCCGAAUUCGAAAGUUUUGACUACGGAAUAUAAACUUGGAGCUGUGAGGAAUAUCAGUGUAUUAGAUAGAAUGCGAAGAGCGAUAGGAUUGGGUUCUUCUCAUUGUGGUAUGAUGACGCCUUCUAAAAGUAUUAUUGUUAUAGAUGUACUUUAGUAGAGGUGCGAGAAAUAUUUGUACACUUCUCGGAUACCUAUUCCUUGUUGUUGUUCAUUGAUACCUAUAUAUUUUUUACAUCUAGCUAGACGUGUUCAGUAUAAUCAUCUGUAUUUUUGGUACCAAAGUUUGAGAUAAAACGUUGUAGUCUGGCGUAAUAAAAAAUAAACCAGUAUUUGAUGUAGUAUAUUACUAAGAUUUAUAAAGAUUAAACGAGAAGAGUCACUUCUGUGAUCAGAUUUGUAAUAAAAUAGAUAAUCUGGUUCGGGACCUGGGAAAAAAUUGUUUAAUUACAUAUACUUAUAUUAUUUUUUAUAUUUACAAUUACAAUAAACCUUAUGAUGUGAAAAAUAUCCGCCCUAACAGUUAACUAAAAGCGGAAUCAUUUUGCUCACUGUACAAUUUAGACUUUGGAGGCAUCUUUCUAUCUCUAAGUACCAGUAUACCACUUUUACGAUUUAGUGUCUGAAAAGAUCCAUUCCGAAUAAUUGCUUGUACAUCUGGCACGCAAAAAUUGACUGAUUGCUGAUAAAAGAUUAGAUAUAUUAUAAAUACAUAUAAUCGAAUUCUAAAUGUUAGAUGUAAAAUGUUACAUUAUUCAAUAAUACAUAUAGUGUACUCAGUAAACAAUAACAAAUAUUAAGUUUAUGUAGAAUAAAGUGUGUAGUUGAAUCUCAACUGUGAGAUCUCUUCAUUCCUGCAAUAGGUCCCUCGUAUUCACUGUAUAUCGACAACUUUAAUUAUUUUUCUUACUCUAAUUGAAUGUAAAUGCUCUCUUCUCCUGUGAUUCGCACAAUCUUAUAUUAAAUGUAUAUCAUAUAUUAACAUUUACAACUUACAUAUAUUUUAUUCUACAAAUGAAGCUUUAAAUUUCCCAUUAAACCUUCGUGUGCCUACAUUGUAGUA